AACUCUCAAACAAAACCAAAAAGAAAAAAAGAAAAAAAAAAGGAGAGAAGAAAAUUUAAUGUUAAUGCUAGGAUCGCCGGAGUAUGGAUUUUCAGGCGAAGCUGCCGGUAAGUUAAACGUCCUGUUGACGGAAUCCGACGACGAAAGCGAGUUUUCAAACGACGAAGGGAAACUAGAAGAGAUAAUGCAAGAGCUUUACAAAGAGAUAACAGCAACAACGACAAGCUCUUCUCCCAACACUUCACCGCUGAUGGUAACUUUGCCGUCGCCGUCAUCUUCAUCUUCAUCAUCUUCUCCGCCACUUUAUUUGUCUCCACCGCCGUUCUCCGUCAGCGACGUCAAGAGCGAGAGCUGUGGGGCUUCCAUGUCUGACUCAUCCUCCACCGUGAUGGCCGGUAUCGAGUUCGUCGUACCCGCUGGGAAGUUACCCGAAAAAGAGAUAGGGGUAACGGAGAUGGGUUUCGACGAUGAUAAUAACACCACCACCACCACCACCACCACCACCACCACCAUCUACAACAACAACAGUGGUGAUUUCGUAGCAAGGGAAGAGGAAAUGGACGGUUGUGAUGAAGGGGAGUUAGGAAAUGAUCAAUGGCUGACAAUAGUUUUAGGGUGGGGUCCACUGGAACUGGAGGACUGGACCUGAGCUGAUGUGUUUUUUGAUGAUGAUCUUUUUUGAGGACCCAUCAAUGGAGUUUGGCCGUACAGAGAGAGAUAGGUGCCCUUAUAGUGUAGGGAUAGUGUGUCCUUAAGUAGGGUCAGUUCAGAAAACCAGGGUAUAAAGCACUGUGACAUUGUUCUUUUGUUUUUGCCCUUUCUUUUUUCUUUUGUGUAAUGGGGGUUUUCCAUCUGUCUUUAUGAAAAAGCUUUCAAUGGGGAUGCUUUGGAAAUCAACCAUGGGACUCUCAUCCAAAAAAAAAAAUACAUAUAAAUAUUUUGGUUUAUUUGUGGUUUUAGUCCUUUUAUAUCUAAUAGUUACAUUAGACUCAGAAUUCUUAAACGAGGAAAAAGUUUUCCCAACGUUGUUUUUUUGUGAACGCAAGAUUUGAACGCUAAAGUCUAAACCUAGCUGAAAGGGCAUUGAGUUCUUUAUUAUUAUGGUUUUAGUCCUCAAUAUUUAGUAGUUACAUUAGGAUUGAAUUUCUAAAGAAAGUAAAA